AUGACGGCCGUCGAAGAGCAGAAGCACCUCUCUGCCUCCUCGGACAGCGACAGCGACGAGGAGUGCCCCAACUUGGAAGAGGAAAACGCCCAGGAGGAAGGAUCCCCCGAGGGGCGUAGCAAGCAGAGCCGCAACGAGAAGAAAGCCCGCAAGGCCGUUCUCCGCCACGGCAUGAAGCACAUGCCCGGCGUUGUGCGGGUUCUCAUCCGCAAGAGCAAGCACAUCGUCUUUGUCGUCCCCAAGCCUGACGUCUACAAGAGCUUGGCCUCCGACACCUACGUCAUCUUCGGCGAGGCGAAGAUCGAGGACCUGAACAGCCAGGCUCACUCCGCUGCCGCGCAGCGCUUCACACAGGCGGCGAACGCACCGUUCGCGUUCAACGGUCCAGAGGGCGCGGCGACCAGCGCCGACGCGGCGGCGAAGAAGGAAGAGGCUGAGGCUCCGGUUGACGAGACGGGCGUCGAUCCGAAGGACGUGGAUCUGGUCAUGUCUCAGGUCGACUGCUCCCGCGCGAAGGCCAUUGCGGCGCUGAAGGCGAACAAUAACGACAUCGUGGAGGCCAUCAUGGAGCUGACAAGUCAUUAA